AUGCCCAACAUAAAGCUGCAGUCAUCGGACGGGGAGGUGUUUGACGUGGACGUGGAGAUCGCGAAGCUGUCGGUGACCAUCAAGACGAUGCUCGAGGACCUCGGGAUGGACGAGGAGGACGAGGAGGUGGUGCCCCUCCCCAACGUGAACUCGACGAUCCUCAAGAAGGUGAUCCAGUGGGCCACCUAUCAUAAGGACGACCCGCCGACUCCUGAUGACGACGAGAACAAGGAGAAGCGCACGGAUGACAUCAGCAGUUGGGACGCAGACUUCCUUAAGGUUGACCAGGGUACUCUCUUUGAGCUGAUCCUGGCUGCCAACUACCUCGACAUCAAAGCAAAUAGUCUCGAGUUUUACCGCUUAGAAUUCAACCCUCAGGAGGAGGAACAGGUGCGCAAAGAGAACGAGUGGUGCGAAGAGAAGUAG